UUUUAUGAUUAAAGCAACAAAAAUUAGUGCUAACAAUGUAUGUAAAUACACGUUAUGUACAUUAGAGAUUUUUAUUAGUAAUUUCGAAACGCAAUCAUAUUAUAACAGUAAAUGCAAUACAAUACAUAUACAUAAUAUAACAUAUUCGCGCAUGCGUGUAAAAGUGCUGCGCAGGUUUAUUCUGGACCGCAGUCCUAUAUGUGAUUGUGGUGUGAACACGUUAUUGCAUGUACGUGCAUCGUAAUUUUUACUCGGCAGUUAAUUUACAAGAUUACAUGAUACUUUUUAUGCUAAUCAAUACGAACAGUUUGACAUCACUAUGUCUUAUGUAUUAAUUGAAUUUGAUGAUGGAGGUGGUGUUGCAGUGGUAAGAAAGACUUGGAUAACUCCUCGAAAAAGAGAAGUUUUUUGGCCACCUAGUAUUAGAAAAUACAUUAUAUCCAGAUACUGAAAAGUGGAAACUUUAUUCAAUAGUGAGAUGUUUAUAUGAAACUGAUGAUUUACAAAAGGCUGAACAAAAAUGUAAAUUGUCAGAAGUUACAUCUGAUUUGCAAAUGGAUAAUCAAGAGGUUGAGAUUUCUAAAAGAAAAAUAACAGUGCCCCGUCGAUUUAUAUCAAGUGAUGAGGAAGAAAAUGAUAAUAUUUAUAUUCGGCCUCCAAAAUUAAAAAGGAAAUUUUUUAAUACAAAUAAAAAUACUGGAAAGAAUAUUCCGAUUUCUGAUCAAUAUUCAUCUGAUGUAGUUUCGCCGAAAACCCCAGAUUCUGUUCCCGAUGCAGAUUCUGCUAGUAGUAGAACUGAAGUAAUAGAACAAACUGUACGUAAUAUUUCAAAACUUAACUCGUAUAAUACGAUUACAGUAAGAUCCGUUCCGGACUAUGUAGAUAAAAAUAGUAGAUUUUAUACGUACAAAAUACCACAUACUACAUCUACAGAUGAUAGUUUAACAGAAUCAAUAGUUUUCCAAAAAAAGGUUAUUCUUUUAAAGGUUAAGCUUUUAACUCUCAUAAAAACACAAAAUUCACAGAUGUUAGCCCUUUUGCGGAAUAAAGAAGAAAUACUGCCCUUACAAAACAAUUUUGCUUUUGAAUUUCCUAUGAAAAGUUUACAUGAUGUUCAUCAUGUAGAACAAACACUUACAGAUAAAACACAAAUAGACAUUUUGACUGCUUUUCUAUGUACAAUUGGUGGACGAGAUAUCUCUACAAAAAUAUCAAGAAUUUUGAGAUACCUUUUUACAGAUGCAUUAGCAUCAGAAUUCAGUUUCUAUGGGAAAAGGUUAAAUAAACGACCCUUUUCAGAUUUAUGCUUAAAGACUGUAAUUGUAGAAUCCAUCAAACGUACAUCUGGAGUGACUAACAAGGAAAUAGAGGAUGGUAUUAAGAUUUGGCUAAAGCACGCUCCUGACAGACAGAAAAAUCAAAUGAAAAGAAAAAAGCAGGAUGACGAAAAUAAUAAUAAUAGAAUAGACAAUUUUUAUUCUGAUAAGGAAAAAAAUUAAAAAAUGGCUGGAAAAAUUGAAUAUAAAAAAAAGAAUAUUGUAAGUACUCGCCAAUUAUAUCGACGAAGUGCAGUAGAUAUACGAAAUACUUGGAAGGAGAUACAGGAAAAAAAGGUCAGUCAAAAUAUACCGACAAAUAAAAAAAGACAUGAACAUGACAUUGAUGAUAAUAUUAAUAGAAUUCACGAUUUAAGUACAAAUAUUAUAGGAAUUAAAAAAGCAAAAAUCCAAGAUAGUUCCGCUAUUAAUUUUAAUCACAACUUAAAUGAUUUCAUUAGUAUUAGUGAAACUUAUGACUGUGGAAGUCAAGAUCUCAGAUCUCUAAUUUAGAUCUCAGUAUUAAUCAAAUAUUACACAACUAUUAU